AAACUCUCUCAAAACCAAAAGAAAGGAAAAAAAAAAAAACUUUAUUUUUCUCUCUCUUGCCGUCUUCCGUCGUCUUCGCUCUCUCUCUCCGUUUCUUCUCCGAGCCGGAGAAAGCCGAAAACCCUUGAAUCAAACAUCAGCGGUGUCGCUGCUACUGAUUAGAACAACACAAAAACUUCCAAAUUAGAAAGAACUGGUGACUGGAUCUCUUGUUGUUCCUUCCUGUAUUCAUUCAUUGAUCUUCAAUAAAACCCUCUUUGUAACCUUUCUCACAAGCGCUUACAACUCGUGGGGCGUCGAUUUUGCUUGUUUGGUUUGAAGAUCGUGCCUCUGAUAUUCAUGACUCUGUUUUGGUCGAGAGAUUGACUUCAUCUGUUGGGAAUUCGUUAGAUCAAUUUUUAGGAGUUUUCUGGGUUUGGUGCUUUGAGGGGAUUUGUUGGGUGAUGGGUAGUAGUGAUGAGCGAAACAGUAACGCGAUUGAUGCGUCUGUAGGAGGUUUGGUUUGGGUCCGACGCCGUAACGGGUCAUGGUGGCCGGGUCGGAUUAUGGCUCAUCACGAGGUUCCUGACGGUACUAUCGUUUCUCCUAAAUCUGGCACUCCUAUUAAGCUUCUAGGUCGUGCCGAUGCUAGCGUGGAUUGGUAUAAUCUUGAAAAGUCCAAGAGGGUGAAGGCGUUUCGUUGUGGGGAGUAUGAUGCUUGCAUUGAGAUAGCAAAAGCUUCUGUAUCGACCACUAGUAAGAAGGCUGUCAAAUAUGCCCGCCGAGAAGAUGCCAUUGCCCAUGCUCUAGAGAUUGAGAGUGCACACCUUGCCAAAGAUAACCCAGAGUGUAUUGAGAAGGCUAGUACAUCUGGUGAGGUUCCUAAAAGAUGUUAUUCCAGAAAGGGCAAUGAGGACUCCGGGGAUGUGGAGGACUCCGGGGAUAUGGCAGAGACUAAAGUUGCAUUGCAGUCUAAUAAGUCUUUUAAAAAAACCAAUAAGGUAAAAGCUUCUAAGGUGCAGCCCUUGUCAGUGAAGAGAAGAAGAACACCAAAUGACUCGGAAGAUGAUCGGACUGAAGGAAAUAAACGAAUGAGAGGACUUGAGGAUAUUGGACUGGGUGUAGGAUCAAAAGGAAAGGUACAUGUCGGUGCAGUGCUCGAGGAUAAGCAGGAAAAUAAUGUUAAAAGUGAUACAAACAUCAAUGGUUCUUUGACGAAUGAGAGUCUUUCCAAUGGUAGUAGCAGGGAUUGCUCGCCGUCAAUGAAAAGAACUAGGUCGCCUGUUAGAAAUGCUAAUGAAUACUCUAUAAGAAGAACCCGACAACGGCCACUAACAAAAGUGUUAGAGAGUACAGCUAUGGUAUCUGUUCCUCUUACCCGUGAUGAACUUGUCAAUUCUGAUUGUUCGCCUCCUCCAGGGCUUUCAGAAAACAAAGUUUCUGCUGUAAUCAAAAAUUAUAAUUCGGACAACAAUGGGGUUUUAUGUGAGAAUGUCCCUGUUUCAAACGCUUCUGAAAACAAUGUUGAUGCGAUCCAUAGCAAGGCCAAAGAGAGUGAAAUCUCGAACAUAUCACUUUCGGCAAAUGAUGACACGUCCAAUGUGUUAUUUGAUGUUCCACUGAUUGGAGAAGAAAAUUACUCUACGGGAAUUACGACGGCAGCGUUCACAUGUUCUUCACCCACGAAGGCUGUUGUUUCUGGACCGACAAGGCGGGUUAGUCAGAGUAGCCAUAAUGAUGUAGUGAAAAACGAAGGAAGUAAUGGAUUGAUUGAGAAGAGCACUUCAAAGUGGCAGCUAAAAGGGAAAAGGAAUUCAAGGCAGAUGAGUAAAAAACAAGAAGAAAGAAGAAAUGCUUACGCCGAAGCCAACAACAAUUUUCUGUCUCGUUGCUCUGUCUCUGAUCAAAAGCUAAACGGUCAUUUCAGCUUUGGUACUCGAGCUAUGGGAAAAAAUUCUGAAAUGUAUAACGUGAAGAUUGAGGAGGUAAAAGCCAGCUAUAAGCCCCGGAAUGUUCCACUGAUUUCCCUUAGGAGUAAAUUGAAUGGUGAAGCUAUUGUUGGGCAUCCUUCAACGGUUGAAGUGCUUGAAGAUGGAUCAUGUGACCUCAUUGUGAGUCGUCAUCUCAAUCCCCUUGGUGUGCCAAUGGUUGAUGAUGCGAAGCCAAAACCGUCAUCAAAAAAGAAAGCCUCACAUUUUCCUCCAUAUAAAUCAUCAAAGUCAAAUAAAUCUUUAUCUCUAUCCAUAAAGACAAGGUGUCUCUCAACACUAAGUGGGCAGAAGCUGACAGUAAGUUGCAAGAAGAAGGUGAUGAUAGAGAAGACGAAAGAAAGAGUUGUAGCUUGCAUCCCUCUUAAAGUAGCCUUCAGUAGGAUAAAUGAAGCACUGAAGGGAUGAACGAGACAAGUGCACAGAGCAUUGUAGGCAAUACAUGAUGAGAUGAGUUUGGUCUCUUUUCUAUUUCCUGCCAUUUGUUUCUUACGUUCAUUUACCUCGGUUCUUAAGCAUUCACCGAGAUGAAAUUAGCCCGGUCUUAGGGGGCGAUGGAUGGUGUUACUGUACAAUACAGAGAUACAUAUAUAGGCCUUGUGAGAAAGAACGAAAAAAAAAAGGAAGUGAAGUUGUAUAUACAUAUAUUCUAAAGAGCUUAUGUUUUGUCGC